GAAAAUAUUUUUAGUCUCCUUUAUUGCGUUACCUGUCGAUCACUGUCUUGACGUUGUCCAAUCAUAUGUCUAUGCUUAAAUUGCCCAUUUAUUUCUCUUUCUCUUUCUCUUUCUUAUGCAGACAACAAUGUGCCUUUCAUGGGCUCGUCAUAAGCUAGGAUGUGCGUAUUACUCUGAUCAAACACUGGAGCUAUAUCUUAUGGAAGAUAUGACUGAAUCAGACCAGUUUGAGAAUGUAUUGACAUUGAUAGCACAAAUUUCCCCUAGUCUUUUAUUCUUGUCUGAUAAACAAGACCUUCAAGCGUUCAUCAAGCAUCAUUAUGGCAAUACAAUAGAGAUCAAGACCAUACUCGCAAAAGACAUGGCAUUUGAAAAGGGUCGAUAUAUGCUAUUGAAUUGGUUUAUUCAUCAUAUUCAACAAGACAAUAUUUACUUAAGAGACCCAGAAGAAGGAAACAAGACGCAUGCUUAUCUUCAAUUAGAAGGACUUGUUCAGCUAGAUGACAGUCUCUUGUCUGUGGCCUGUGCAGGUGUUGUUCUUAAGCACAUUCAACAGGAUGAAUCAUUUCAGCCUAAUUCAAUCAAAGCAUUUACAUGCCAAGAUUGUAUGCAUAUCAAUUCAGACACACAAAGAUCACUCUGUAUCUUUGAUUUGGAAACGCACCCUAAUAUGCAUCAACAACAUAGAGAAAAAGAAAGCCUGUCAUUGUUUGGUCUAUUGAACAAGACAAAGAGUGCUUUAGGAAAACAUAUGCUGAAAGACUGGGUUGCUCGUCCUACUCAAAACAGAAAAGUGAUUGAACAACGUCAAAGGGUAAUUCAGUUUCUAAUGCAGUCUGAUAUGCGUGAGCAGAUAGUGGAGUUGGGCUCGCAUCUAAAGCACAUUAAAAACAUACAUCAAUUGUUAUCAAGAGUAAGAGAAUCUAAAGCUACUUUGAAUGACUGGCAGUACAUUUUGAAGUUUGCUUAUUAUUCUAUCUGUAUCUUCAACUUGUUACAACAAUGGAUACAGCAUAAAAACGAACUUUCAAAAGAGAUUGUCUUAUUUCAAAAGAUCAAGCAAAUGCUACCUAUGAUCAACACAGUCAUGGAACAAGUUGGAUCGUAUAUCAACCAUGUAAUUGAUUUUGAGACAAGCAAACAAGAAGCUCGGGUAAUUGUAAAAGAAGGCGUUGAUACAACCUUGGAUGAUUUACGAGAAAAGUAUCAGCACUUGGAUGACUAUUUGUUACAAGUAUCUCAAGAGAUCAGUACUGUGCUACCUAUGAGUUUACGAGUAGCCUUAAAUGUGGUUUAUUUCCCUCAAUUGGGUUAUUUGAUUACUUUACCACAAUACCAUCUUCAACGCCACAGCUCAGCUGUUGAUGAUAAUGGCAGUAUGAGCAGUAUCAAUAGCGAAUUGCAUCGACAACGUCUAGCAGGAUUUGAAUUACAAUUUACUACAGCAGAUAAUCUGUAUUAUAAGAAUGAAAGAACAAAAGAAUUGGAUGAAUCCUUAGGUGAUAUUCAUGCUAUGAUUGUUGAUAAAGAAAUUGAAAUCAUACAAAGCUUAUCAGAAAAAAUCCUUGAACAUACCUUGACAUGCACAGAUGUAGUUCAAGUAUUGUCUGAAUUAGAUUGCCUAGUUUCUCUUGCAUUAGUAGCAUUAAAGUUUAAUUAUGUUAGACCAACCAUGACAGACGACAAUAGAUUAGACAUUAUUCAAGGAAGACAUCCUCUUCAAGAACUGUGUGUCAAUAUCUUUAUUCCAAACGAUACGCAUCUCCAAGGUGGGAAAGGAUGCUUAAACCACAAAGAAAAGUUAUCAAAUAUCUAUCAUGCUACAACAGAAAGAAGAGAAUCCCAUAGCAUCGCUCCAACAGAGAGUGAUUCAGCAGCAAAUGUCGAUAGUGUACAGAUAGUUACAGGAGCUAAUUUCUCUGGAAAGAGUGUCUAUCUAAAACAAAUUGCUCUCAUUGUUUACAUGGCACAUAUUGGAAGCUUUGUCCCAGCUGAAAAAGCAACCAUAGGUAUCACAGAUAAAAUGUUUACAAGAAUUCAAACUUCAGAAACAGUGUCCAAGCCUCAAAGUGCAUUUGGCUUUGAUCUUCAACAGCUAAACCGAGCUUUAUCGAAUGCUACUUGUCGUAGCUUAGUCGUUAUGGAUGAGUUUGGCAAGGUAAGCUGAAUACCUGAACAAAUUCUAUCUUAUGUAGGCAGGGAACUGACAGUGCUGAUGGGGCUGCAUUAUUCUGCUCCGUGAUUGGAUACUUUUUAUCACAAGCAAACCAAUGCCCAAAAA